UUUGGCGGUGGUUCAUCGACAAGAACUCAUCGCAUAGGUGGUAAAAAAAAAAAAAGAUAAUACGAACAAUGUCUGCGGCUGGACCAGAAUUGGUAGCCGGAUCAAUGGCGGCCCCUGCGGCCUCCGGAUUCGCGGCAUCAACCGUGUUCUUAACCCUUCUUGUCCCUGUCCUAGUCCUCUAUUUCAUCUACUUCAGAAUCUCUAGACGUCAUAUGCUGGAACUUGCGGAAAAACUGCCGGGUCCACCAGCGUUGCCCAUCAUUGGUAACGCUCUUGACUUCCUCGGAAGUUCUGACACCAUCUUCCAGAACGUAUACGAGAAAUCCUUCGAGUACAACGAAGUUAUCAGGAUUUGGAUUGGUCCCAAACUGCUCGUUUUCUUGGUUGACCCACGUGACGUUGAAGUGAUUCUCUCAAGUCACGUGUACAUCGACAAGUCUGCCGAGUACAAAUUCUUCAAACCAUGGCUUGGCAAUGGUCUUCUCAUCUCUACUGGUCAGAAAUGGCGUAGUCAUCGCAAACUGAUCGCACCAACUUUCCACUUGAACGUGCUGAAGAGUUUCAUCGAUCUGUUCAACGCGAAUUCACGCGCUGUGGUGGAGAGAAUGCGCAAGGAAGGCAACAAAGAAUUCGAUUGUCAUAAUUACAUGUCCGAGAUGACCGUUGAAAUUCUCCUGGAAACUGCCAUGGGUGUGUCCAAGUCCACGCAAGAUCGUAGUGGAUUCGAGUACGCUAUGGCUGUGAUGAAGAUGUGCGACAUCUUACAUCUUCGUCACACGAAAGUAUGGCUUAGACCCGACUGGCUGUUCAACCUGACGAAAUACGGUAAGAACCAGAUCAAACUGCUCGAGAUCAUUCACGGAUUGACGAAAAAAGUUAUUCAACGCAAGAAGGAAGAGUACAAAAGUGGAAAGCGUAACAUCAUCGACACAGCUGCUCAGAAGACCGAUCUUAAAUCUAAUACUACUGUAGAGGGCGUUUCGUUUGGUCAGUCUGUCGGUCUUAAAGACGAUCUCGACGUUGACGACGAUGUUGGUGAGAAGAAGAGACAGGCCUUCCUUGAUCUCUUGAUCGAGGCUGGAGAAAAUGGUGUUGUCGUUAACGAUCAGGAAGUGAAGGAACAAGUAGACACGAUUAUGUUUGAGGGUCACGAUACGACUGCUUCCGGAUCUAGUUUCUUCCUCGCUAUGAUGGGCUGCCACCCUGACAUUCAGGAGAAAGUGAUUCAAGAAUUGGACGAGAUCUUCGGUGACAGUGACAGGCCCGCCACCUUCCAAGAUACAUUGCAAAUGAAAUAUCUCGAACGUUGCCUUUUGGAAACACUUCGAAUGUACCCACCUGUGCCAAUCAUCGCUCGUGAAAUCAAGACAGAUUUGAAAUUGGCAUCCGGAGACUACACCAUUCCAGCCGGUUGCACAGUCGUCAUUGGCACCUUCAAGCUACACAGACAGCCACACAUUUAUCCUGACCCAGACGUCUUCAACCCUGACAACUUCUUGCCAGAAAACACCGCGAAUCGUCACUACUACGCGUACGUGCCAUUCUCUGCUGGACCACGAUCCUGCGUAGGCCGAAAAUACGCUAUGCUGAAACUGAAGAUCGUCCUUUCGACGAUUCUCAGAAAUUUCCGCGUGAAGUCCGACGUCAAAGAAUCAGACUUCAGGCUACAAGCUGAUAUUAUUCUGAAGAGGGCCGAUGGUUUCAAGAUCAAGCUGGAACCAAGGAAACAGGUAGCCGCCACCGCAUAAAUGUACAAGGAAGAUUUAUAUAAAAAUUUUUAUUAAAUAAAUGAACAAACACAAUUGGCGGGCUUCCCGCGCACGCACGUAGAAGCCAUACUGCACGCGCAUGCGCAGAAAGCUCGCCUGUCAAAUUUUUAGUGCGCAUAAAUGUAUAUUUUCAUCGGCGUGUAACGCGUCUAGGUGUACACGUAUUUACUACUUACCUUGAUAUUUAUCUUAUGCAAUAAAUUAUGCAACCGUAACGUUGCGAAAUCUGAAA